GAUUCGGCAGUAGCAACUCCCCGGACGCACGCAGGCCUCAGAGCCCCCCAGCUUCCGUGGCCCCUCGGCCCUGAAACUUGAAGCAGGGUAGGGGUCCAGCAUGAAGCCCCCGGACCGCCCCACCCCUGGCCGCACUGACCGGAUACUGGGGGUCAUGGGUGGCAUGCUGCGCGCAUGCGCCGUACCCGGGCAGGAGGGGCCCCCGGAGAGAGAUCCCUUAGGGCCUGGGAGUACCAAGACAGAGAGUGAUUGUAUCGAGGAGGAUCAGACAGGGCAGCGCGAACCUGAGGUCCUCGCCUGGGCUCCGCAGCCCGCCCGAUGUGUGUCCUCACUUCGGCGGGUCCCGAGCCCCCGAAGGCGGAGUGGAGUGUCCCCGCGCCCCACCCCUGGCCCUGGGCCAGCCCAGGCGCCCGGACUUCGCCUUAAUUGAAUCCUAUUCUAUUGCCGUCAGUGAGGGGAGCAUGUCAGCGUCUGCUGUCUCGGGGCUGGCUGCCCUGUCUGGCCCCAGCUCUGGCCUCAGCUCUGAUCCGUGUUCUCCGAUUCCCCCUGGACCAGUAACUGGCCUGAGGAGAUGGUUGGAUCAUUCCAAACAUUGUCUCAGUGUGGAAACUGAGGCAGAGAGUGGUCAGACCGGACAAUGUGAGAACUGGACGCUGGAGCCAACUUUAACCACAGGACAAGAGCUGCCCGAACUGACCUUACUGACUACAUUGCUGGAGGGUCCUGGAGACAAGGCACAGCCAGCUGAAGAGGAAACUUUGUCCCAAGCUCCCAAGAAUGAGGAAGAGCAGAAGAAGAUGGCUCUGGAAAGGAGUAUGUUUGUCCUGGGUGAGCUGGUGGAAACAGAAAGAACAUAUGUGGACGACUUGGGACAGAUCGUAGAGGGUUACAUGGCUACCAUGGCUACUCAGGGGGUACCUGAGAGUCUCCGAGGUCGUGACAGGAUUGUGUUUGGGAACAUUCAGCAGAUCUAUGAGUGGCACCGAGACUACUUCCUGCAGGAGCUGCAGCAGUGUUUGAAAGAUCCCGAUUGGUUGGCUCAGCUGUUCAUCAAACAUGUGAGGCUGGGCCUUAACAGGGGAAGAAGGGCUUGGGGUGAGUCUGGGUUCUGUGGAGAUGGGCUCUCUUUUGUCACCACCCACCCCCACUUUCUUCAACGUGAUCCCUGCUAGGAGCGCCGACUGCAUAUGUAUGUGGUGUACUGCCAGAAUAAACCCAAGUCAGAGCAUGUGCUGUCAGAGUUUGGGGACAGCUACUUUGAGGAGCUGAGGCAGCAGCUGGGACACCGACUGCAGCUCAAUGACCUCCUCAUUAAACCAGUGCAGCGAAUCAUGAAAUACCAGUUGCUGCUGAAGGAUUUUCUAAAGUAUUACAGAAGAGCUGGGAAGGAUACUGAAGAGCUGGAGCAAGCUGUGGAGGUCAUGUGUUUCGUACCUAAGCGAUGCAAUGAUAUGAUGUCCCUGGGGAGACUUCGGGGAUUUGAGGGAAAACUGACUGCUCAGGGGAAGCUCUUGGGCCAGGACACAUUCUUGGUUACAGAGCCUGAAGCUGGGGGUCUGCUUUCUUCCCGGGGUCGGGAGAGGCGUGUCUUCCUGUUCGAGCAAAUCAUCAUCUUCAGUGAGGCCCUGGGAGGAGGAGGCCGAGGUGGCGCGCAGCCUGGCUACGUGUACAAGAACAGCAUCAAGGUGAGCUGCCUAGGGCUGGAGGGGAAUCUCCAAGGCAACCCUUGCCGGUUUGCGCUGACCUCUAGAGGGCCAGAAGGUGGGAUCCAGCGCUACGUUCUGCAGGCUUCAGACCCUGCUGUCAGUCAAGCCUGGAUAAAGCAAGUGGCCCAGAUCCUGGAAAGCCAGCGUGACUUUCUCAACGCAUUACAGUCACCCAUUGAAUACCAGAGACGUGAGAGCCAGACCAAUAGCCUGGGGCGACCAGGAGGGCCUUGGGUAGGGAGCCCUGGGAGAAUGCGGCCUGGAGACCUGGCCCAGGCCAGCAUGCACACACCCAUCAAUGGCUCUCUCCCUUCCCUGCUACUUCUGCCCAGAGGGGAGGUGUCCAGAGUGCUGUUGCCCCUGGAUACACAGGCUCUCAGUGAUACCCCCCAGACUCCUCAUGACUCUCCAGCCCUUCCCACUGUGAACACUCCUCCCUGUCAGGCCAGGCUCGCCAAGCUGGAUGAAGAUGAGCUGUAACCCCAAAAGUGCAGUGCUAUUGGCGCAGGCAUGAUUCCUCAAUGAAUUUGGAGGGGGAAUCCUGGAAAUGUGCCAGAAUCCAUCCUCCAUGAUGUAUAGAGGAUGGGAGAGACUGGGCCUGAAAGGACUCUUUUCUGCCCAAGGGACACAGGAUCCGUCAGUUCCACUCCCUGCAUGCACCACGACCCACUCAAAUGGAGGAUAUGGAGGAGCUUGGAGGGAGGAUGAGGGCAGGGACCAGAUAGAAAUUAUUGGCCUGGGUUGUGAUUUUGUUUUCGAGUUUUCUUGUGAAUAAAAGUUUUGCUAUAUCA